UUUGCCUUCAAGGAACUCGGAAAGUCCCUCAAGAGUCCGAGAACCCGUGAAGUCAACCACCUGAAUCGGCUUGAUUAUACGCAGCCCAGGGAGGUCAUCGACAGACAUGCCAAAGAACUCCAUUAUCCUCUGGUGGUCUUCUUCAUCGGUGUCAAUCACAACAAACAGGACCUGUUAGGCAGUCACAUGUGUCAUAUGGAGGUGCAAAGAGAGGAAGAGGAGGAGAUGAGACUUGAUUUCUCCACCAAAGAUUUUCUGGGCAGACUCAUGAUUAAACUCCACAACCAGGGGAAGAGAAUUGGCUUGAAUCCAUGCGACAAGCUCGGACUGCUCCAACUUCCCAUCGAAAACUUAAGUGUAGGGUACCCCCUGACACCAUACUCUUCAGCCAGCUUUGAUUCCUGGGUGGCAUCCACUUUGGCCAGCUUGAUCUCUGAUGACAUCUCAACUAGCUUCUCGGCAGCUUUGGCAUAUUCUGGUGCUAGGGCCUUGCAGUGUCCACACCAUGGUGCAUCUGUGAGCAAUGUAUGGCCACCAAUACUUACAGAAUUCCACAAGCACGUGGUCAUUGGAAUCUAUACCCUUCUUGAAAUUAUCCUGAGUGAGAACCAGGACUCCAUCCUCCUUCAUGAUCUCCUCCUCAGCAUUUGCCAGGAGGAGGAAGGCAGAGAGGAAGGCAAACACCAGAACUUUCAUUUGCAUGAGAGGCUCCCUGGCAUCCAGUCAAAAUGGCCGUCGGUCGUUCCACCCUGCCGCAACCUUUCGGACCUUAAACCAUAUGUCUAUACGGAAUGGGUAAGUUCCACCAAAGCCUGUGGUAAAGCCAACCCAAAUCCGAAAGAUGCCCAUCUACAA